ACCGUAACUUAUGUUAGAGUAAAGUAGCUAACAUCUCACCGUGCCUUUGUGAUUCCCAGCUGCCAAACCUGGAGACCAGUCAGCACCAUCAGGAGCCGCCAGCGCUGGAGCGAGGCUGAACUUGUUGCCAUAUUUUUGGGAUUCUAAAACCAGGGACACACACUGACUGAAUGCCUACUUAAACACACUGUGAAGACACGUCCUGUCCGGAUUAACCAGUUUAACAUCUCUACAUGCCUUCCACAUUCCUCAAUGGGGACAGGCAGGGACAUAAUAGGUGGAAGGAAUCUAAGAAUAUACACAUAUGAAUAUGUAGGAGACUGAGUACACUGACACUGCUGACUGCAAUUAAAUGUAUUACUUCAAAACAAUUGGCAUGACUGUAUCAGGUUAGUUGAGAGCAAUAUUAUUACGUUUAAAUAAAAUAUAUGUUCAACUUAAAAUUAUUGCUUUGAACUAACGUAAUACCUCCUAUAUACAGAGCAUCUAGUGAGCAGUGUAGGGAGCGGUGCCUUGCUUAUGGACACCUUGGUAGCUCUUGGUCAUUUGAGGACCGUUGGCCUCUGUUGGCUAUUGACUUCACCAACACCAUAUUUUCUAAUUGAAAGCAUCCUGUUGGAGCUUAAUACAUGUAUCUAUAUGAUUUAAUGUUUAAACAUUUAGUUUGUUUAUUAUAAAUGCACCUUUUUAUUCAAGUUCAUGGAAGUAGUUUUUUUAAUGCUUUUAUUUUGAAGGCUGCUUUGGGCACGGGGUGAUUGGGAUAUUGGUGGUGGUGGGAUUAUCACCAGAAUGGCACAUAGGUUUUUACCAAGGUUACAGGAAAGCCAUAGGACAGGAAUAAAUAGGGAACCUGUUCUCUGUACUUUUGUUUUAUGAUAUUGGAUCAUUGGAAACACACUCUGCCUGAACGUGGAUCAUUUGGAUGAAUUCACUGACUGGUGCCUCAGCGGCCGAUUUAUUUUGAGUUAAUUUUCUGAUUUAUUUCCCUAUGAUUUCGGCCGAUGACACAUCCUAAAAUGUGUUUGUAAUUUGUUUUGUAGUUCUGGGCCCGAUGACGUCACGGGUUGACACGGAAGUUGUAGAAGCGCCUUGUGUGCGCACGGAAUGUUUUGAACGAGACACACGGGUGAAAGUUGAAGGGGAAACAUGGCUGCAGGAAUCAGUGCUAAACAUGGAUUAUUGAGCAGGAAAACGUCGCUUUUUCUCACUGUUCACAGACAGAUCUCAGCCAGCAGUGUUUGUCUCCACAGAGCGGAGACCAGCGCGGAAAAAACAGCUCAAAUCAACGAGAAGAUCUGCCUGGACCUGGUCAGGUCUAGAGACUAUGACGGCUUCGUGUCCUCGCUGCUGCUCCCGGAGGAGGCGCGGCGCUCCUCUCUGGCUCUGAGAGCCUUCAAUGUGGAGCUGGCUCAGGCAGGUGAAGGACUCCGUUUCCCAGAAGUCCAUUGGUCUGAUGCGGAUGCAGUUCUGGAGGACAGCGAUCGAGGAAAUCUACAGAGACGAUCCCCCGAACCAGCCCGUCAGCGCUGAGCUGUGGAGGGCUGUGAGGAAACACUGCCUGACAAAGAGGUGGCUGCUGAGGAUCAUCACAGAGAGAGAGAAGGAUCUGGAUGACCGAGCCUACAGGAAUCUGCAGGAGCUGGAGAAAUACUCCGAGAACACGCAGUCCUCUUUAAUAUACCUGCUGCUGGAGUGCUUAGGGGUAACAAACGUUCAUGCAGACCACGCGGCAAGUCACAUCGGGAAAGCUCAGGGAAUCGUGACGUGUUUGAGAGCGACUCCUCAUCACAGCGGCCGGAGGAAAGUCUACCUCCCCAUGGACAUCUGCAUGCUGCACGGAGCGUCUCAGGAGGACUUUAUCCGCGGCAGCCGAGAGCAAAACAUCCGGGACGUCGCGUACGACAUCGCCAGUCAGGCUCACGUACAUCUACAACACGCGCGAUCGUUUAGUCACAACGUCCCGGAAGCUGCACAUCUGGCCUUCCUGCAGACGGUGGUGUUGGAGGACUACCUGCAGAGAGUGCGGAGGGCAGAUUUUGAUAUUUUCAACCCGAGUCUGAAGAAGAGAAACCCCCUCCUCCCCAUACAGCUGUACCUCCGCUCCUGGAAGAAGUCCUACUGACAUCAGUCCUCCUUUUCCCCCUCUUCCCCCUCCUGCAGGAAACACCUCACACACUUUGUUCAAUAAAUAUAUUCUUGAAGACAAA